GUGGCGGCUAGGAGUAGGUAGGGAGGGAGGGAGAUCAAACUGCGCGCCAUGGGUUUCCCUUUACGCUUCUUAUCAUCACUGUCGUUGUCCCUCUUGGCCCUCCUCCUCCACCGGGCCACGGUGACAAGUGGGUGUUUCAGCAUGGAGAGGGAGGCACUGUUGGACUUCAAAGCCGGCAUCCACGACACCCAUAACCGGCUAUCUUCUUGGGUAGGCCAAGACUGCUGCGCAUGGGAGGGGGUCAUCUGUGGUGCCACCACUGGCCACGUCGUCAUGCUCGACCUCCGGAAUACGUUUGAUCGGGCAUUACGCGGUGAGAGGAUGAUGAACUCGUCAUUGCUUGCUUUAUCUCAUUUGAAGCACUUGGAUCUUAGCGUCAAUGAUUUCAGGAGAAUCCGCAUACCGGAAUUCAUCGGCUCCUUCAAGAAACUGAGAUACCUCAAUCUAUCUUCUACAUAUUUCAUGGGAGGAAUACCUGCUCGGCUGGGGAACCUUUCGAGCCUCUACGUUCUUGAUCUAAGCGAUGCUUUAGAUUUUGCAUACCAUGUUGACAACCUCGACUGGCUCUCCCAUCUUACCUCCCUGAAGAACCUGGACUUGAGCUGGUUGAAGCUAACCGGUGCCCCAGAUUGGUUCUCAUCCGUGAACAUGCUGCCAUCCCUCCAAGUGUUAAGUAUGUCUUAUGUUGGUCUCGAUACCAUCCCAGCUUCUGUUGUCCAUGUCAACUUCACCUCCUCUCUUACCGUCCUUGAUCUCUCCUUCAAUAAUUUCAACUCCAUCUUACCCAAAUGGUUGGGGAAUAUUAGUAGUCUUACCCAUCUUGAUCUUCAUGAAUCUGGGUUCUAUGGGGUUAUUCCUGAUGCAAUUGGAGACUUGGGCGAGAACUUUUCUUGA